AAAAUAAAUUCCAUGGAAAUGAAUAUUAUCACCAGGAUCUGAAGACUAUGAAAAUACUUUUUGGUGUUGUCAUGAACUCUUCUGGAGAAAAGAAUCUGUGAAAUUAUGUGAAUAGAGACCGUUUUUUAAAACCAUGGGGGAAAGAGCAGGAAGUCCAGGUACUGAUCAAGGAAGAAAGGCAGGCAAACACCAAUACUUUUAUUAUUCAUCUGAUUUUGGAACUUCACCACAGUCUUCUGACAAGUCAACACCAGUCCAUCUUUCUUCACCUGCAAGUAUUAAGGGAAAAGAUCCUAAAAGACAAAUUUCAGAUAGCCAAGUGCAUCACCAAGUCCUUAGGAAACCAAGCCCUAAGUGUCUACCGAGCAGAAAGGGAGUCCGAGUGGGAUUUCGCUCCCAGAGCCUCAACAGAGAGCCACUUCGGAAAGAUACUGAUCUCGUUACAAAAAGGGUUCUUUCUGCAAGACUGCUAAAAAUCAAUGAGUUGCAGAAUGAAGUAUCUGAACUCCAGGUCAAGUUAGCUGAGCUGCUAAAAGAAAAUAAGGCCUUGAAAAGGCUUCAGUACAGACAGGAAAAAGCCCUGAAUAAGUUUGAAGAUACAGAAAAUGAAAUCUCACAACUUAUUGUUCGUCAUAACAAUGAGAUUACAGCACUCAAAGAACGGUUAAGAAAAUCUCAAGAGAAAGAACGGGCAACUGAGAAAAGGGUGAAAGAUACAGAAGGUGAACUAUUUAGGACAAAAUUUUCCUUGCAGAAACUGAAAAAGAUCUCUGAAGCCAGGCACCUACCUGAACGAGAUGAUUUGGCAAAGAAACUGUUUUCAGCAGAGUUAAAGUUAGAUGACACCGAGAGAAGAAUUAAGGAACUAUCCAAAAACCUUGAGCUGAGUACUAACAGUUUUCAACGGCAGUUGCUUGCUGAAAGGAAAAGGGCAUAUGAGGCUCAUGAUGAAAAUAAAGUUCUUCAAAAGGAGCUGCAACAAUUAUAUCACAAAUUAAAGGAAAAGGAGAGAGAACUGGAUAUAAAAAACAUAUAUUCUAAUCGUCUGCCAAAGUCCUCUCCAAAGAAAGAAAAAGAACUUACAUCAAGAAAAAAUGCUGCAUGCCAGAGUGAUUUUAUAGAGCUGUGUACUAAAGGAGUACAAACCACUGAAGACUUCAACCUGGAAGGAUUUCCUAAAACACCACAAACAAUUACAUGUUAUGAAAACAAGUGGGAAGAACCAGAACGUCUUACUUUGAACGUGGAAUCCCAAGAGCGAGAUGAACAUGAAGAAGUGGGGAUUCUAAACCCAGUUGUGGAAAGAGAAGAAAAAUUCGUUAAAGGUCAAGAACUCCAUUUUGUAAAACAGGAGGUUGAGAAGCUGGAAGAUGAAUGGGAAAGAGAAGAACUUGAUAAAAAGCAAAAAGAAAAGACAUCUUUACUGGAGAAAGAAGAAAAGCCAGAUUUGGAAACUGGAAGAUACCAAAUGGAAAUGUAUCAAAUUCAAAAUAUUGAUAAAUUGGAAGAAGAGGAAGAAGAACAACUAAAGAGAGAAAUGCUACUUGCUAAGUUGAAUGAAAUCAACAGAGGACUCCAAGAUUCUCAGAAUCUAAAACGUCCUCCUUUGCCAUUGCUCCCUGAUUUGGAAUCAAAGCUGUCCUCUCCAGAGAGAAGUCCCAAAAAAUACAUGUUUUCUGAAUCCUCAGAGAGAUUAUUUAAUGGGCAUCAUUUGCAAGACAUCAGUUUUUUAACUCCAAAAAGAGAGAAUCAGAAUCCAGGAAAUAUUAGAAGCCCAGCCUCUCCAGAUGAGUUUGCAUUUGGUAGCUAUGUACCUUCAUUUGCAAAAAUAGCAGGGAAGUCAAACCCAUUUAGCCAAAAUAGUGGCCUUUUGGAUUUCCAAAGAAACAGUAUGGAAAAACUUAGUAAAGACAGCAUAGAUUUAAGUACAAGAAAAGAGAAAAAAGCUAAUCUGAUGGAACAAUUAUUUGGUACCAGUGGCAGCAGCACCAUUUCCUGUAAAAAUGAUGACCCAAUUUUUCUGGCUGCCAGUAAAGGAGACUUUGGCCCUCCAAAUAUUCUCCCUGGGGAUAAAAGCGGCAGGGGUAAAGAACGUGAUGAAGAUGAAGACUUUUUCUUCAGUGAAGGAAGAAGUUUUAAUCCAAAUAGACAGCGAUUAAAACAUGCAAACAAUAAACCAGCACUAAAAGCAGUUGAUUCUGUAGAAGAUGAAAUUGAAGAAGUAGCACUAAGAUGA